AUAGAGAAUGCAGCAAGUGUAUUCGGAAUCGAAGAAGGUUACGGUGUGUUCGACAUCACCCCAACAAGCGGAGAACUUUACGUGAGCUCACCGCUGGAUUUCGAAUCCCGAUCACUUUACAAUCUCACCGUUACCGCAGUGAAUAUUGCUGGAGGAGAGAAGAGUUUCAAAUCUGUGAUUGUCCAAGUGAAGGAUAGCAACGAUGAACGUCCGCGAUUUGUUGGUGGAACUCCGGUGCAAUUCUCAGUCUUCGAAAACUUGCCAGGACCUUAUCCAGCAGUGAUCGGCAGCACAAUCUCUGAGAGAACUUCUUAUGUCUUGGUCCACUUGAUCGUGAAGAUUGUGAGGAACAUUUUCUCACCCGUACAAGCUAUCGAUUCUGGGUCAACUCGACUUCAUUCCACAGCUGAGAUCAAGAUUACGGUACUUGAUGACAAUGACAACGCGCCGGAAUUCGAUCAACCAUACUACACCAUUCAUGUGCGAGAGAACACCAAACGUGGCCAGAAAGUUCUCAAAGUCACAGCCGUCGACAGAACCCAGGCCAAAAAUGCGGUAGUGAGGUACUCGAUACUGGAACAAAGUCCAUUUUCGAUCGAUAAAGCCACUGGAGAGAUCCGAGUCGCUGAUACAGUGGACCGCGAGCUGAUCAACGAAUACAAACUGACAAUUCAAGCGACUGAUUCAGGAAGGUAUCGACGACUCACAUCAACUGCACAGCUGACCGUAUUUGUUGACGAUGAGAAUGACAACAGUCCAAUUAUCAGGAAUAAGUUGCUCGACGUCUUUGUCCCGAAGGAUUUGAGAAGUGGUGACGUUGUCCAUGUGGUAGACGCCAUUGACUUGGACGAGAACGCGACUCUAUCGUACAACAUUUCUGGACCGGACGCUCGGUUCUUUGCCAUCAAUACUCGAGGAGAAAUCAUUGCCAAGACCGUGCUAGAAAUGAAAGCCUACUACUCGAUAACUAUAGGAGUUUUUGAUAAGGAUGGACUGAAACACGAGCGCAAGUUUCACCUUCUACCUAGGACGAUCGUAACAAUUUUCCGAGGUAAUUUUGUGGCGAGUAAAUUAUUCGGAUGGAUAUCAACGAUGAACAAGACAUCGUUGCGUGAGGAUACGUCUGAGGACGUUUUUCAAUUCGCGGCAACAUCGUCGCGAGUUGACUCAUCCCUGACCUACUCGAUACUGAGUGGUAAUGAUGGCUCCUUCGAAAUCGAUCCACUCUCGGGAAGACUAUCGAUCAACCGUGGCCUGGAUCGUGAAAUUCGUCCAUACUAUCGAAUAUGGCUCGCCGUCACGGACUCGGAUAGUCCGCCAAAAUUAUCGAUCACAUCAAUCGAUAUUGUCGUAGAGGAUGUGAACGAUAACAGACCAAUAUUUGAGAAGGUGAUCUACUCAAUCGAAAUUAUGGAGAACUCGGAUCCUCAGCAACAUUUGUGCACCACUGCAACGGAUCGAGAUCAGGGCCAAAAUGCCGAUAUUCACUAUUCGAUCAUUAGAGGUGAGAUUAUGCCGUCCUACAGACUUCGAGUACGAGUGAGCGAUGGUACCUGGGCAGUACAAACUGGUGCUGCCAUCAGCGUACUUGACGUAAAUGAUAAUGCACCCUUGUUCGAAAAACAGCGAUAUGUGUUCGUCGUAAACGAAACACAGAAGUGGUGGCCAGAAGAUGCAGAUGAAGGCGAGAAUGGUGUGGUGCAUUACCGUCUCCAGCGUGAUGUACGGUAUAUCUCAAUCGAUACCGUUUCUGGUGAAAUGAAGCUGCUUGCAUUGCCAGAGAAAGGAAUUAUUACGGUGAUACGAAGAUUUCUCGCGGAUGAAUCGCUCAUGAUGGUAAACCCGGAAGGAGAUGUCAUAAUAACAGGAGAUAUUCGCAAGGACGCUGAAGUGGUGCUCAUAUCUGAGCUGGAGAACGGUGAGGCAAUCGCUCACCAAGUGCGAUUGGAACUUAGCCAAGGCAACGCCGGUCCACCACAUUUUGAAGAGAAAAUCUUUCGCUUUGCCGUCGCGGAAGAUGCUGAACACGGUGACGUGGUGGGCGUGAUUUAUGCGAAGGACACGGAUAUGGGUCUCGCGGGGAAAAUACACUAUCAUAUCGAACCCGAAUCUGAUUCACCAUUUCAUCUACUUCCAAAUGGAACUCUCGUAGUCUCUGAUCGCCUAGACUAUGAAGCUCAGCGACGGUACGUCUUCAAUGUGACCGCUGUGGACCGAGGACAACCACCACGAAACGCCACUACUCAAGUUGUUAUUGAUCUUCUCGACAUAGACGACAAUCCACCUGUUUUCGAGGAUGCAGAGCUAAUUUACGCAGUGACGAGUAUUGACGAGACGAUUUGCCCAAGCGUCACAGACAUCGACACUUCCCCGCACGAUCUCCAGUUCGCAGUCUCAGUGGAUACGAAUACGAUCACUACCGAUCACUGCAUUUCCGUUCCCAGCGAUUUCCCACCUGUUAUCGAUUGGACCGCCAGUGACAAAAGUCAAUCGAUAACGGUCAAAGUUCGAUUGGUUGACAUGGUACCGAAAGAACCGAACAUUCGAGAUGAAAAUGUUACCCUGAGCGAAGGAGCUGUUCCCGGAACUAUUGUGUCAUCAUAUGAGACGGAUAUCUUUGCUGAGAAGAACGAACAACUUUCUGCCGAUGCGAAAGACAUCAAAGUAAUCGGUGACAGGGGAAUUAGCGACGAUCAAAUGACAAUAUACGCAAAAUCGAAGUUCGGACGAACACUGAAAAGCUCAAAAUUACAACUGGCUUCAUCAAGGAUCGCUCCACCGCCAUUAUUUCCGAACGCCACCUAUGCUCUCAGUAUUUCCGACACAAAACCUAUUAAUACCACCAUCCACGACUUUUCGUUGGCUCUGCCGGCCGAUUGUCUUCUGGCUAUUGUCGAUGGUGAUCAAGGAAAGGCAUUCUGUUUUGCUAACGGAAGUGAGCUGACUGUUUGCGGGCAUCUCAAAAGCAACAAACUACGUGUUGAUGGCCGAGGCUUUCUAACCCCGUUGGCAAUCGACGUCAUCGCUGCGGAAAACCGUAACACUCUGUCGCUUGCUGUUGUCGACCGGAAUCGUCGAGUGAUCGCUGCCGACGAUUCGCAUGACAUCUUGCGCAGUUUCUUCCAAAAGGGAGACUUUCCACAUGCACUCCUGCAGUCAAUGAGAACGUCCCUUUGUGAUGACCAUGUCUGCGCUAAUGGUGGCAGUUGUUAUGAGCAAAUCGCCGGCAGAACGCCAGCACCUCCUUCUACGGAUUGGAUUCUAUUUGGAGUAUUCCAAAUGGAGCGUCUAGGACCAGGUCAGAAUUAG